CAAGUUGCCAUAGUUUUUACCAUACUGAAUAGGGAGAGUACUGCUAGGACACCAGGCAUCAUAAACUGCUAAAAAUGCUGCCGGACGCUUACGGCUGCGUUGUGGCAAACCGAUUCGGGAAUCUUCUGGAUGACGAUGCUGACCCUUUCGACCUGAUAAGCGAGGUGGAGAUGGAGAAAGAGAAGAAGAAAAAGAAGAAAGAGGGAGAUGAUAAGAAAGCUAAGCAGAAGAAACCUGGUCAGAAGGAAUCCCAAAAGGACAGACGUCUCCCCAUCCCAUCGAAUGGGCAAGACCCAGUCCCAGUCUGCAGGCAGCAGCAGGUGCGUCCUGGACCAGUGACGGAGAGUGGCGAUGGCAGGGAGGAAGCUCAGAGGGGCUCAAAGAGAGCUGCCUUUGGGGACCGCAGAGUCAACCAAGGGGACUACCCACAGGAGUUUUCUGUCUCACAGCCCUCCUUUAAUGUGGACUCCGACUUUAGAGGCAGAGGUGGUUUUGGAGGUAGGAGAGCAGCAAGAGGUGGAGGAAGGUUCCCAAGGAACACUGACAACUUCAACCUGCGAGGCAAGAGAGAAUUCGAUCGACACAAUGGGACAGGUAUCUCUCCUGAGGAGAAGAGAGGGGGCAGAGGACCCUGGAACUGGGGUGCUGUUGAUGAAGCUGGAAGUGAACUGAUGGAAGUGACAUCUGAUGCUCCAGUCAAAUCUGAGGAACCCCAAAUGUCUGCAGAGGAAGACAGUCCAAAUCCAGCGAUAGAAGAAGAUGGAGAGAUGGUGGUCCAGGUUGCCAUGGAAAUGACCCUGGAUGAGUGGAAGGCCCUGCAGGAGAUGAGUCGUCCCAAAGCAGAGUUUAAUAUCCGAAAAGCAGAGGGCACGAUUCCCUCCAAAGCCAAGGUUAUCCACAAGUCAAAACACCUGGAGGACCUCAAAGGGACUGCUGAGGACAUGGAAGAUGAUAGCCACUUCCUCCGUAGGUCUGUGAACGACAUCACCUCCCUUCUCGACAUCAAUUUUGGCAGUCUUGGGCGUCCUAGUCGUGGAGGUCGGGGAAGGGGACGAGGUGGUCAAAUUGGUCGUUCAGAGAGGGCCAAACCCAUAAUGGAGAAGGAUACUGGUCCAGCACCUAACCCAGAUGACCCAGAAGACUUCCCGGCACUCUGUGCUGGAAUAUAACUGAAUUCACUUCCAAGUUUACCCCCCUACAGGGGAUGAAGGGUGCACUUUGCACACUAAAAAAAACCCACAGUUUAUGUUUCUGCUGUUCUUUAGGUUGGGGUUUUAUUGUAUUGGAUUUAUUUUGUUCUAUAGCACCAAAGGCACACUGUUCAGCAUCUGAUUUCCAGAAAUAAAUGCUUUUGCAAGUUUA